ACACGACCGAACGUUGUCAGACGUAUUUAAAUUGCCGAACGGAGCGGAUGUGUGUGCGAAACAGCGCGCCGAUACAGGUCCCGGUUUGCAAGCGAAAACAAACUCCUACGUUUAGAUGCUAAUCAACGUUACGCUUAGGUUGAAACGGGCGGCCUAUUACCUUGGCACAGCAAACAAACAGAAGCAAAAACCGCACUGCUAACGCUUCGGUAACGCUUCGGUAACGGUUCGGUAUGAUCGCGUAGAGUUGUCGGGCCGCACGCUUUUUUUUGGAGUGGGAGGCAAUUUGUGAGUGGGGUCAAAAGCACGCUGUAACGCCGCACACACGGUCGCCCUCACGGACAGCGAAGGAAAAGCUGGCCGCAGAAGUAAAAGUAGUGUAGCGCGCAUUAGAUGGGCUCGGGUGCGCCGCUAGGCUCUGGAAAAGUGUGCACCAACUACCGUGCAAAAGAAAACCGGUACAGCAGUUGGGGUAGUGGUUUGGAGGGAGGUUGAGGAAAAAAAGGUAACCGAAAUUGGUGUGUGCGGUGAAAUAUAAUCUAAUGCUGUACGCAUCAAGUGCGUGUGUGUAUGUUUGAAAGUGUGAAAAGCGAAUGGAAAUAGUGAUGAAAAAAAAGCGUGUGUAAACGAAAGGUGGCAAAGAGUGUUUGCGUGCGUGUGUGUGUGUGUGAAGGGGAGAGCGGGGAGGGCAACAACGAAAAGUAGGUGCGGAAAGGCGGUGUUGGGAAAAGAGCAAUAGUGUACCUGUACCCGGUGUAACCAGUUGUUGGGGUAGGAAGAAAUUGGUUGAAGCAAAGUGAAAGCAAAGUGAUCGCGGCCGUACAGUGUUAGGAGAUCGCACGUAGAAGAGCCAUUUCAAGUGCUGCUGCAAACAUAAGCUACAACAACAACGACUAGAAGGGAGCGAGAGAGAGAGCGAGAGAAAGAAAAAUCGCAGCCGACCCAAUAGUGUAGCUAGAGCGAGAGAGAGAGAGAGAGAGAGAGAGAGAGAGAACAAAUAAUUGUGCAGCCUUCCUAUGUGCGACAGUAAACGAAACCCGCCACGAUCAGCUUGCCGUGCAGAUUAGUAGCGGAAGAGCUGAAGCGAUGUGUGCGAUGCGUUCGAACAGCCGCCACCUUUGUGCAACAGGACAAGAUCGGUGCUCCGCAUCAGUAGCGACAUUCAUUUGACCAGUCUGGUAUCUUACCAGUAAAAAACGUAAAGGUCAUGCCGGCAUUGCGUCUGUUUGGCCGGAAAUGGUUAGCCGCCUCGGACGACCUCGUAUUUCCGUGCGUGUUCGAAAUCUGCUUCCGGAUCGUAUGGCUCGGACUGAUUUCGUGCGUAACGUCCACCUACUGGAGCGUGACCGAAGAGUGCGGUGAGGAUGCGCUCCCGGUCCGGAUCUAUCUGGUGGGGACGAUAGUGUUAAUUAGUGUAAAUAUAGUUCUACUCGUCAUCUUAGUCAACCGCAGCGCCCAGGGCAGCAUCACCGAGGUGCACAAGCGCCGGCUGGUCGCACCGCUGCUGGUAAUAAAAAUACUAUUAAUAAUACCGGAAACGGGCAUGAACGUGCUUGGCACCAUGUGGGCGUUCUGUGGAACGUUCGAGUGCAAAAGCAACGACAAAGUAUCGCGAACUGUGAUCGAAGCAAUCGUCCUAUUCAACUGGGUAGUGUUUGCGCUGAUAAUAUUCGGCCUGGCCAUCGUGUUCGAUCCGCUCGGUUCGGCCAAAUACAAGAAUGGGCGGGACACGAACGACAACGGUCCGACGGAGUCGGCCAUCCACCGGAAGGUAUCGAAGCUAUGGUUCCGCCGGUUCCGGUGGGCCUUCUGCUGCUUGCGGCGCGACGAGUUCGGGCACGAAGCAUUCACGCAGGUGGCCAGCCUGCUGAGUGCGCUGUUCCGCGGUACCGAUCUCGUCCCAUCCGACAUCGUGGCCGGCUGUGUGCUGCUGCGCGUACGACAAAAGCGUGAAACGCGCGAAAUGCGCCGGAUACGCAUGCUGAACGACGACGGCCCACGGUACUCGACCGACAUAACGCGUGUGUUUGCCACAUCGCCCGCCUGGAUGACGAUCAAGAAUGCGCGGCAUUUCUUGCGCUUUGCGCUGGCCGCGUACGGGUGGCCGAUGGUGUGCUAUCUGAACUGCUGCACCGGACCCUACCGGCUGAUACCGAAGAUGACGUGCUGUGCUUGCUUCCGACGAAAACCCCAAAUCAUCAUCGAUGACAAUUGCUGCCUGUGUCAUCUGGCCGGAGUGCGGCACACGUCCCGAUUGCGCAGUGAAGAUGUGCUACACGCUUCCUUCAAAAAUCACGUAUUUGAGUUACCAUUCUGCAUAAUGGCGGACCACAGCACGAAAAGCAUCGUGAUCGCUAUCCGCGGCAGCCUCUCGAUGCGGGACGUGUUCACCGAUCUGGUGGCAAACGCGGAACGUUUCGAUGCGCCCGGCAUGCCACCGGAAACGUCCGCCCACCGCGGCAUGGUGGCCGGCGUAGACUGUAUGCUGAAGCGGCUGCGCGAGGGCAACAUACUGGAGCGCAUCUGUGCCACCUACCCGGAGUACACGCUCGUGCUGACCGGCCACAGUCUCGGUGCGGGCGUUUCGAUCCUGCUCGCGGCCAAACUGCGCAGCCGCUUUCCGGAUCUGCGUGUGUACGCGUUCGCCACGCCGGCCGGACUGUUGAGCCGCGAGGCCGCCCGCUAUACGGAGAGUUUCGCGUUCACGAUCGGCGUGGGGGAUGAUUUCGUAAUGCGGCUCGGUGUGGAUUCGAUCGAGAAUCUGCGCACGAGCGUCAUCGAGACGAUACGGGCGUGCAAGCUGCCGAAGUGGCGCAUCAUGCUGAACGGGUUCGGGUACGCACUGUUCGGUGUGCCCUCGAGGGACCUGGAAACGACCUGGCACGAUGUGACGGAAAUCACGAAGAAGGCUGCCCACAGUCCGCUGCUGUCCGGCGAACGACCGAUUCAGACGGUCGCUACCGCGGAGGGUGGACUACUGUCGAGCGAAAUAUCCUUAAGACGGUUUGCGAAGACGCGCCUCUACACCGGUGGCCGCAUCCUACACAUCGUGCGCCGCAAGAAAACGGAGCUGGAAAAGAAAUCGAACAGCGGCGGCCCGACGUACGAGAUGCGGUGGGCAACGGCCGAAGACUUUACCGAGCUGAAGGUGAUGCCCCGCAUGCUGCUGGACCAUCUGCCGGACAACGUGUUCAAGACGCUCACCACCAUCCUGGAGGACCAGAAAACGCACAACGGUUCCGUGCUGUCGCUGCAGGAGAUAUGAACGACGGCCGGCCACCAAAGCCGUGGACCAAAGUAACCAGGCGGAGCGGAAGAAAACGGACACAAGAAGAAAAAACAAACCCAAGUGCCUUAUGUGUGAAAUUGAUCUUGCCUAAAACAAUCCGCCGAUGGGCGGUUUUGGGGUCUAACGCGCUUGCUCCACUGCGCGUCCCAGUCGCUGUAAGUGUAAGUACUGGACCUGGAGGAGGGGAACAGGAAAAGACAAACCACCCCAAUAUGUAUAUGAAACCACCUAAGAGAUGAUAUUACCUUGUCCCGUCCCUAUCGCCCCCCAUGUCGUCAACCCCACUCUAGCGCUAGUUGACUUUUAAGCCUUUAAUGAGACAAAGAGCAUUCCCGAGAGCGAGAAUAGGCAGCCAAAUUAACUCACAUUCCUUGUCCCUAUUUUAAUGUAUUAUAGUUCCCACUUUGCUGAUAGACACUUACAUUUCUACACACACACACUAGCAAACACCAUAUUGAUAUAUAGUGGUUUUUCAUUGGUAGCGAUAAGCGAAAAGAAAACUAACGUCUCGUGCGACCGUAACCAGACGGGUCUGGUGUGAUCUUCCACUUGCAACCUAGCAUUCGUUUUUAGUAUUAAUUUUUGUGCCUGCGAGACAAGAGGGAGGGAGAGAAAAAAAACAGAAACAGACUCGAACGGGGUUCUCCCAGCAAACGGAGACAAGCCCAACACCCCACCGUCGUUUGUGUCUCACGUGUUUUCGGUUGUGAUAGAGCAAAGGGCGCGGCAAUGUUAGGCGCGGGGUAAAAAAAACACAAAAUUGGACAGAUUCCUAGAACAAAGCUAACCUCCCCCCCCCCACUGACCGGCGUUUCCCGGGAAGCGCGUGAUAUUUAUUAACUUAUACAGUUGACGCGGUUCUUUUUUCCAAUUCCCUAUUCUUUUACCGCGAGCUGUGUUUGGAUAGGCUUUUUUUUACAUACGUUAGCAGUUAAGCUUCGCGAAAAGUGUUUCGGAAAAGUGUAUGAUGGUUUUUAUGAUUGUUUUAGGGAAAAAAGAAUUACCGGUACCGAGAGAGUGAGACCGUCCUCUGUGUGAGUGUAGGUUUUUUUGUUUGUUUGUUCUUCUGUUGUUGUAUACACAUAUAUUAAAUAUUUUCACCGGUGUAUAUUGGAGGGAUUACA